AACAGAGACUUUCAAGGGAUAUCCUGAUAACUGUUGACAAGAACACAAAUGAACUAAACUUAAAUUCUCUGUAAAGAUGGCGACUGGUGGUGAACCAUUACCUCCAUCGGAUCAAGUUUACGAUUUUGCCUGCACAUCGUGUGAAGCAGACAAUGUAAAUACAGAGGCUCAGUUUUCUUGCAAGGAAUGUGAAAACUACCUCUGCAACAAGUGCAUAAAACUGCACAAUGGGAUUUUCAAGAGGCAUGACGUGCUCGGACUCUUUGAUGUCAUAAAGUGGGAGGGGGAAAAAUGUCUGGAAAAGUGUGAAAAACACCCGGAGAAGAGUGUGAAGAUGGUGUGUGAGGACCAUGACGAGCUUUGCUGCUCUCUCUGUGUUGCCUUAUCUCACAGAAGGUGUCGCAGCAUAAGACUCAUUGAUGAUUUAGCAAAAGGAGUCAAAAAUACAGACUUUGAUGAAUGUGAUUCAAAACCAGAACAAUUUGUCCAUGACACGCAAUCAGAAACAAGCAGUACCACUGCAAGAAAACGCGAUGAUCCAAACUAUGUGUACAAAACCAAAGCGACACACAUCCACAAUUUGAGGUUAAAAGAUGAGAAUGAAUGCUGUAUUCAAGGCAUAUGUGAGCUACAGACAGGGGAAAUAGUGCUGGCCGAUUGUACCAAUGAUAAAAUGAAAGUUUUAAACAGGGAGUUUAAAAUAGUCACUACUCUAAAUCUUCCACAACACACUGAAAAUAUGUGCUUUGUAGGUGGAAAUGAAGUUGCACUGGCAGUAGAUGAUGCUAAAAAGAAACAUGAAGUUCAUUUUAUAGCAAUUCACAAAUCUAAAGCAAAAUCUAUCAGCAAGUUUGCAGUGGCACACUACUGCAAUGCUGUAAGCUUUCACAAUGAUAACGUGUACGUUGGUUCAGAAUCGUCUGUUUACAUGUAUAGCAAAAAAGGAAAAAUGAUCAAAGUAGUCUACCAGGCAUUAGGGAUUGCAAUGACAAUGAAUGGAAUCCACGCUAGCAACGAUGGACAAAAAAUUUACAUCACUGACUCUUCAAACGACAAGGUGAUAACCAUUAAUAAUUCUGGGACAGUAUCAGCAUGUUGUGAGGAUCAAGAACUCAUACUUCCUGUCAGUUUAUGUGUAAGUGAACAUGGGCAUGUGUUCGCCUGUGCACUUCAGUCCAACUCUGUACUGCAAAUUGACAAAGAAGGAAAGAGAAAGUUAAGAACACUAGUCAGUGGUAAUAAAAUCCACAAUCCACUUGUAGUGUACUUUUCCACAAGGUCACAGCAGCUCAUGGUAGCUGGUAUAACAAAUGAUUUACUUGUAGCUGACCUGAUAUAACUUAAAGUUACUUGCAGCUGACCUGAUUAACUUAAGGUUACUUGAAGCUGGCCUCAUAUGACUUAAAGUUACUUGAAGCUGACCUGAUAAAACUGUAAGCUAGUUGAAAAUAUGUUUACAUUAAUUGAAGGUUACUUGAUAUAACUUUAGGUUACUUUAGGAUGACCUGAUAUAACUUUAGGUUACUUGAGGAUGACCUGAUAUAAUUUUAGGUUACUUGAGGAUGACCUGAUAUAACUUUAGGUUACUUGAGGAUGACCUGAUAUAACUUUAGGUUACUUGAGGAUGACCUGAUAUAAUUUUAGGUUACUUGAGGAUGACCUGAUAUAACAUUAGGUUACUUGAGGAUGACCUGAUAUAACUUUAAGUUACUUGAGGAUGACCUGAUAUAACUUUAGGUUACUUGAGGAUGACCUGAUAUAACUUUAGGUUACUUGAGGAUGACCUGAUAUAACUUUAAGUUACUCGAGGAUGACCUGAUAUAGCUUUAGGUUACUCGAGGAUGACCUGAUAUAGCUUUAAGUUACUCGAGGAUGACCUGAUAUAGCUUUAGGUUACUUGAGGAUGACCUGAUAUAACUUUAAGUUAAUUGAGGAUGACCUGAUAUAGCUUUAGGUUACUCGAGGAUGACCUGAUAUAGCUUUAAGUUACUCGAGGAUGACCUGAUGUAACUUUAAGUUACUUGAGGAUCACCUGAUAUAACUUUAAGUUACUUGAGGAUCACCUGAUAUAACUUUAAGUUACUUGAGGAUCACCUGAUCUUACUUAAGGUAAUUAAACCUUAAGUUUGAAGAUGCAACAUUCUUCCUAAGUUUUUUGUUUUCUUUGUCCUUUGUAAGCAUUAAAUAGUCAUAUGACUUAAUUUAGUGAACAGCAUACUUAUAGCCACUGUCAAGAGUGGUGAAGACAAAGUUGUAUUUACCAUUGCUGUUAGUUAACAGUCUCAAAAAAACCAAGACUGCAUUUUCUUCCUUUGGAUUCCAUUUCUGAACUUUUCCAAAAAAAUUUUAAACAAAUCUGGGGGGAAUUUAAGGGUCUCUUAGUGAAAUUUUAAAUGUUUUUAUCAACAGUUUUUUUUUUUCUUUUUUGCAAUUAAUCAUUAUUGUACAAAAUCAUUUGCCAACAAUUGCUUAGUCAUCUUAACAGCGAGUGUAUGCCAAAAUAUUAUCAGAAUAUGAAUUUCAGUUAAGGUUAUAUUUUACAACCAUUGUGAAACAAGUUAUUACAACAUUAUAUUAAUCACUCUCAUUGGCAUGAUGCUAUGCAAGAGUGUGAUCUAAAUGUGUUGUGGGGGAAACCUGAGUACCUGAAAACCCACUAGUGACCAUAAACUAAACUCACAUGCGCUCAGGCAUUAGAAUUAAACCCGGGUCACCUAGGUGAGAUAAGUGAGUGCAUUUACCGAACAACCAAUUUCAGAUUAAUUAAUAUUUAGUGAGUGUCGCAAAUUAAACUAAAAGUGAUUAAAAGAUAAAAUAAACUUUGCCUAAACUGACCUACAAAGCACUUUGGUUUUGAUAUAAAUAUAAGAUGGCCCUAAAUUGUACAUACUAAUUACCAUACGUGAUACUAUUCAAAUAUAUUGAUGAUUAUUGUUUUGUUUUAAUGCGAGAUAGCAAUAUAUUUCACCGAGUGAGCACCAAAAGCUGUUUUUCAAGAGUGGCAUAACCAAGAGUGAAAUAUACACUUUUUGUGUUCACAAGGUGAGAUAUAUUGCGAUCUUAUACUGAAACAAGCAAUUUUUCUUUUUAUUAUAUGCCUUAAAGAAAUUUAAAAAGACAGUUUAUUGUAGUUUUUCAGAAAAUCCUGUCAAAUUGUAUGCAAACACAACGUCACUUCUGAAAUGUCAUCAUUGAAAUUGCGUCACAGCCCUCUGCGUGUUGACUUAAAAAGUGAGAGUGGGCAAAAAUUUCAAAACAGUGAAAAAUAUCAAGUAUAUAUCAUUUAUAUUUCACUGAUAAACCUGAC